AUGGACAUGGAUAUGGACCUGGGAUGGUGCUUGACGUGCUCGAAGCGAACAAGUGACCAGCGUAGCCAUUACUGCUCGGAGGCGUGCCGCACGCGCGAUGUGCAGCCAUCGUCGCCCUCUCGACAGGCUGCUCUUAUCACCUCGCCCCUACCACCAAAGUUCGUCCCUUUGCCGUCCACUACUCCUGGUGGGCAGCGCGUCGACCGCCGUGGUUCGCUCCAGUCGACGAGCUACCAGAUGCGCAUCGAUGCCGCACUCAGGCAGCCAGCGACUCCCGAGUCCCACCCCCGGGAUCGUCGCGCAUUCUCGUUUCCAGCGUCCGAGGCAUCGGUUGAUGGCGAGCGCCCGGCCCUCCCCUUCGCCCGCAAGGCAAAGGCCGUCAACUCGUCGACACCGCGCUCGCUCAAGCGGCCCGGCUACCUCUCCCCAGAGAUCACCAAGCUGUCCUUGUCGACUGGUGCCAACACACCCAAUACCCCACUCGACUCGGCUUUUUACUCGACCUCUGAUAGCGAAAAGGAUGAGCCCGCUCCCAAGCGCAGCCAUGUGACCGCCACUUCACCUCACCUCCCCCGGCGCCCACUCCCCAUGACCACCAUGGACCACGCUGCAAUGUCACAAGCCACGUCGUUGUCGUCGCAGCUUCACUCCACUCGUCCGUCACUCGAGGCCCGCCCAGCGACGUCGCCUGUGACCCGCAUGGGAUCGUCGUCGUCGCGCAGCAGGGAAGACAUUAUCUCGUGGGCCCGUGGUGUUGACUCGCGCUCCGACAACAUGCCCCGUGGUCGCCGCGGCCGCCGACCGGACGCGCUUGACAACCUUCCGCCUCCCAGCACCGAGUCGAUGGAUGAACACACUAGCACCACACCCCAGAGCGGAGCAUUCGGUGCCCUGACCAUGACCAGCGUUGUGAAUGCCCUUCGCAACGUCUCAUUCAGUCCCAGCGGCGCCAACGCGUAUGGCUCUCGGGAACAACCAUCUGCUCUUGGUCUCCAGACUGUCCCCGCCCCCGCAGCUGUUUCCCGCGUCGAGAUUGUGGUUGGCACCCGGACGACCGAGGACAUGGCUCCCUUCUUCGCGGAAGGUGACACGCCGACCCUGUCCACCAUUUCCUUUUCCGAGGCCGUCGACCCUUCCACCACCGACAUGGGUGAGACCAUCGAGUCCACCGCUGACGACUACUCUGUCGUUUCCUCCCACGGACGUGGCUCGUUCUACCCCCGUGCCGCGCCAGCCACCACCACCACGACCCCCUCCCCCUUGGACAGGCCAAAGUCGACCCUGCCCCUGCGCCCCAUUCAAACUACUGCUUCGGCAAUUUGGAACUUUUCAAGCUACCUGCGUUCGCUGGCCCCAUUCACCGCCCCAUUCACCCUCGCCUCGCCGUCGUCGACCCCUACUCCAGAGCUCGCCAAGUCGGACUUGGCCACCCCCGACUUGGUUCGCAGCCCACUGCCAGUGACGCAGGCUACACCCAUGCCCGCUGCUCGUGUCGACUCAACCGAGUUCCCCAUCGACCCCGCCCAGGAACUCGUCCGCAGUGUCCCCAUGGACAUUGUGAUCGCCAUGGGCUCCAAGGCCCAGGCAAUCACGGAGGAACGUGCCCGUGAGCGCGAGGUCAUGGAGUUCCUCGGCCCCCGCAGCCGAAGCCGUACACGUAUCGGCGCUUCGCGCUCGCCGUCUGUCGAGGCCCACCAGCCCAAGGCCAGGACCCCGCAGCCUCUUCCCCACACUCGCCAGCAGUCCUACGACGCUGACCAGAGCGAGUCUGGCCAAGACAGUGCUCGUGGUCGCGGCCGUCGGCGUGCUCGCUCGCGCGGCGGCUCACGUAGUGCUGCCGAAGAGGAGACAACUCCCGGUGUCCCAACGCCUGCCGAGGACCGUGGCCGCCGACGUGCGCGUGGCGGUGAAAGCCGUGACCGCAGCUGGAGUGCCCACCGCGGCCGAUCCUCACACCGUGCAGCUGUGCGCCCAUAG